CGGGCGGUCGGAGCUCAAGGGGAGCUUGACCUCCCGCGGAUAGUGGUAAUUGGGAAUCAAAGCGCGGGCAAGUCGUCUGUGGUAGAGGCCAUCUCCGGGAUCAAAGUCCCGCGGGACGCAGGGACAUGCACGCGCUGUCCGAUGGAAUGCAGGCUGUCCUCUACAAGCGGGCCAUGGUCGUGCCGCAUCUCCAUCCGGCUCGAGUUCAACGAGGACGGGUCCCAGCGUCCUGACGUGCAGGAGUAUCCGUUCGGCGACCCCAUCAUCUCCAAGGACGAAGUCGAGAUCGCCCUGCGCCGCGCCCAAUUUGCCGUGCUGCAUCCGUCUGUGACAUUCGCCGAGAUCCUGGAGCUGGAUGUUCAGGACCUGCGGGCCAAGGCCACCGAGCUUGGAUCGGGGCUCGAGUUCUCGCGGAACGUCGUCUGCGUCGACCUCGAAGGCUCGGAGCUGACCGACCUCAUGUUCCUCGAUCUGCCAGGCAUCAUCCAGAACGCGGAGCCUGAUACGGUUAAGCUUGUUGAAGACAUGGUUGUCACGCAUAUCCAAGGCAACUGUCUCAUCCUGGUCGCCCUCCCGAUGACGGACGACAUCGAGAAUCAGAAGGCACUCCGCUUGGCGCACCAGCAAGAUCCUGAGGGACGUAGGACCAUUGGUGUCCUGACGAAACCGGACAUGCUCGUCUCCGCGUCUAAAGCACGUGAUCUUUGGUUGGACGUAAUCGAGGGACGGCGGCACCCAUUGCUGCAUGGGUACUACUGCACCAAGCAGCCCGACGACGACGAGCGCAGCAAGAACAUGACUAAUGCUCAAGCCCGGCGUGCGGAAAAGACCUUCUUCGCUGCUACCAAGCCGUGGAGUUCGUCGGGCGAGCAGAAGCGGUUUGGGACGGAUAAUCUGGUGGCGACGUUGAGCACGAUGCUCGUGCAGAUAAUCAAUGAGAGCCUUCCCCAUAUCCGCGAGGUAGCGCAUGCGAGCAUGGAAAACUGCCGUCGGGACCUCGCUCGGGUGCCGGAAAAAGUCGUCGGCGAACCCGCAACCCACAUGCUGAAUCUCGUGACCGAGUUUUGCACCGAGGUCGGCAAAUACGUCGAGGGUCAAUCCGACACGAGCACUCUCAUCCAUGAGCGCAACGCGGCGUUCAAAGAGUUCAAGAAGGCCAUCCAUGACACCCAGCCGAAAUUCAAAGCGCAGCUUCUGACGGCCUCGACUGAGGGAGCUGCAAACCACCUGAUCACUCGCCAGCUAGAGGUCAAUCUCGCCGAUGUGCGCAAGCAUAUUGAAGAAUCCAUUACGCGCGAACUGCCGGGGAACAUCCCCUUUUCUGCAAAAAAGUCUCUGAUCGUUGCGUUCCAGGAUCCUUGGCUGGGAAAAACAGUCGAGUGUUUGAACAAAGUGAAGCAUUCGAUGCUAGCGCUACUUAUACUGUCUGCCGAGCAACGCUUCGGACGUUACAACGCACUCCUGACUCGUCUCAAAGCGUGCAUCACUGGCAUAGCGGACGAUUACUACCGCACGUGCGGCGAUUUUCUGAUCGCGACGUUGGAGAUGGAGCACAUUCCGUACACGCAGAACGACCAUUAUCUGCAGUCGUCGACGGAUAAAUGGUACGGCCGGUACAAGGAGGAAAGAGCGCUCAACGGGAACGGCAAACGCACCGCCGCGGGGGAGGACGUACCCGAUUCUGCAGCGCACAAGAAGGCCAAGGGACCGGCAGCGCAGAGCAAGGAUGGUGCAGGCUCCGCGCCCGAUCCGUUCAAAUUCGCGUUCACGAAAACGCCUGCGACCCCGUUUGGUGUUAACGGGACAAGCCCGUUCGGUGGGCUUCCGUCGGUGUCUGCGCCGGCGGUGCCCACACCCUCUGUGCCCGCCCCGCUGCCGUCGAGCAGCAGCACGCAGCAUGAGGUACGGGGCUCGCUGGAGCUGCUGGCGAUGCUCUCUGCGAGCGGAUACCCGGGCCUGACGGAGGACGACCUGAGCAAACUCCUCCCGGCGGACGAGUACGAGACGGAGCUGAAGGUCAUGGCGGAGGUCCGUGGCUAUUUCCAGUGCGCGUACAAGCGAGUCGCCGACAACAUCCCAAACAUGAUCGACCUCAAAUUCCUACGCGCGAUCUCGAGCGGUCUGCAGCAGCGCCUGAUCACCGAGUUCGAGCUCGGGAGCGAGAACGCCGCGGCGGUGUGCAAGGGCCUGUUGGCGGAGGACCCGCGCGUCGUCGCCCGCCGGGACGAACUGUCCGCGCGGCGCAAUCGCCUAGAGCAGGUGCUCAUCCAGCUGCACAACUUUGGGCGCAGCAGGGGAUGAAGGCUGACUAAUACGCCUUCCUUUUUGGGAUGGGUGGUUGAAUGUGGGAUGUGGUCUUGUGGUCUUGUGGUUUGUGGCUAGAUGCUUGAAUGUUUGUUGCCUCGGGUGAUAGUCAUGGUUCCCCUUUCUUUUCAUCCAAAUACAUGUAUUUAAUCGAUCGAAUUUGCGUUGCGUUUGAAUCCGUCCCGACUUGAGCACGUGCCGAGUUGAACAUGCCGUAAGCCCGACGACGCGUGCUCUCAAGGUCUCCGUGGUAUUUCACGGCCCGACCGAGUUCAUCUGUAAGCCUGGUCUCGUCUCCGCUCUGAUAUUCUGGUGCAUCUGUGGUUUUGCGUUGAUAUCGCGGGUUUCGGUUGCUG